UUUACUAGAAGACGUGUAGUCUAGGAGUGUCUUUUCUGAUAGUCACACUUAAAUUUGAUCAGCCACGUACCAGGCUAGUAUUAGCGUUGCCCGUGUACAGAUAAUAGCACUGAAAUCAUCUCACAGACGAAACGUGUUUCAACACAUAUGCAAAAUGUUUGUGGCAAUUCUAUUGCUUUGCAUUUUGCUUAGUGAUUCUAUUUCUGGUCUCAUCCUGCCUAUGACAAAGCCGGACGGCAGUACUGAUCUCACAAGCCUCUUAAGUCACGUAACUCUUCUUGAGCAGACCGUUGCAAACCUUCAGAAAGAUGUACAGGCCAACAAAGCCCAGGCAGCCGAAGUGGUAUCCUUGAAGACAGAAGUGAACCUGUUGUCAAAUGAACUCGCCGUGGUGAAAGCAGAACUGAAUGACAUAAAACAGGGCAACGGAAAUUCUAAAAUACCAACUUCUGCAGGUCUGCAAAUAACACAGAGGAACCUUAGCCAACUGACAGCGGAACUCCAGUCAACUAAGGCGCUGGCACAGAAUACAUCAAAGCAACUGGAAAUACUAAAGAUGGACAUGAACUCGACUACUGCAGGUCUGCAGGGAACACAAAGGAACGUUAGCAUCAUCAGCACUGAAGUUACAACCUUGAGAGGUGACCUGCACGUUGUACAGAACCAGUCCCUGGACAACAAGCAGUUGCUGGCGAUGCUUGCAUCAAAGACAAGAACUGUGGCUUUCCAGGCGGACGUUCCAGUGCCAUCACCUACUGGCGUUACGGAGACAGUGACAUUUAAUAACACCAUUUACAACGCUGGGUCCGGCUACAACAGCACUACAGGGAGGUUCACAGCACCAGUCUCUGGAACCUACAUGUUCUGGACGCAGCUGGAGCUUGGGGGUAGAAACACCAACAUGUACGCCAGUAUAAUGGCAUCAAGGUUAAUGCUGGCAGAAGGGAAGGUGACGUUUACAGACCACAAUAUUGAUGACGUGGAUGUUUCUGCUGUUGGUGUCACCCAUCUGAACAAGGGACAAGAGGUAUGGGUAGAAAUAUAUUUCUCCCAACAUAUUUAUGCCACUUCAUACUUUGGUGGGGUGUUGUUGUCAAUAGACUGAAAACCUUUGAAAACAC